AUGGCCAACGUCGAGGCCAGGUCCCUCUCCGCGCUCAACCAAAUCGCCGCUCAUCCGCCUCAAUAUCCCAUCAACCCCACAGAGCGCCAUGAGACUCUCACUCUCUACAUCUCCAGAGUCCCCGGAUGUCGCGACAUAAUACUGUCGACUUUCAAGCCGCAGAGGAAGAAUGUCGGCGGUGAUGAUGUCGCCAACUCGUUCUACUACAUUCACCUGGAUACCGCUGGCGAUGACAUUCUGGCUCCGAAAGGCGCCGCCGCCGUCGAGAAUGACCCGUCGAGGCCUAGUAUGGAGUCCACCAGGACCCAGAAAAUCGCCAGGAAACCUCUUCCAUCCACCGCCAGAGUCCCUCACCUGCAGGACUCCCGCUCAGAUGCCACUCUGAGACCAUUGCCAGACGUUGCCACUCCUACUGAGCAUGAGCAACUCAAGUACCCACCAUUGGGCCUGUCCUCGAAUGACAAGGAGAACGUGCUCCUCGGCGGAGAAGCUGCUGGCGCUGUCGACCCCUCUCAUGUUGGCGGCCAGGUGCCUGCUCAACCUGUCCCAGCCCAACCUGCGCCAGCCAAGGUAUCUACGGGUCAGCCUCAAGGCUCGGUACAAAGGAAGCCCCUGGGACCCCGCCCAUUAUCUAUCGGUCCCCCCUCGCCCGGCAGAGAACCCCCUCCGUACGAGGCCACCCAACCUGCAGGUGUAUUGAAGCCAUCGACACCCCCGACACCCGACACGGCGCGGCCGAAUCUUCCACCAAGACCGGAACCUGGGCCACUGCGACUUGACUCCCUGCCGCCCCAGACCUUUGACGAGAUUCGCGAGACGCAGAGCCCAGCUGUCCGCAGCCCGGGCUUUCAGUCACCGUACACACCAUCUCGCUCUCCGUCACCUCAGUCAAAACAGAAGCCGUUCACACCGUUCUCCCUGUCCAUCAUCCGCAGAGAUCCUGUGACGGGUCACCAGUGGAACAUUGGCAAGGUGUCAUCCUUCCAGAGCACCAUCAUAGUUCCACAAGACCCAAACGACCCAGACUCGCCCAAGAUUGCCCAGUAUCCCAAGGGCUACCCCGCCAUCAAUGUGCACAUCGAGACCAGUGGAUAUGCACGGUUUCGCCACUUCCCCACAGCGCUGCCAAAGAUGACGGAUCUCCCAAGGAUGAGCUUGGACAGUGCACGCCCCGGAUCGAGCGGCAGUGGCGUGACAAGGAACAUGAAGGAGUUGGCGGCCAGCUUGCAGGCGCAGGCCGAUCAGCACAAGAACCAGGACGACACUGAGGAGGGCUUCAGGAGACAAGUUGUCAUGACUUACGGUAAGACGUGGACAUCCAAUCUUAAGGAGGCCUUCAGUGGCAAGAGGCGCGAACGGUCCUCUACCAACACCAGCGCGACCGACUCAGCUUGCAACGAGCCCCUCGAGCCUCCACGAGCAGGAUGGCAUCGGAGACAUGACAGUGGCAAUUCGACAACUUCCAACGAUUCCAUGUUCGGUUCGAUGGUGCCAAACCCAGUCAACAACGAUGCCCCCCACAACCACUAUCACCACCAGCUCCACCAUCACCAUCACCACGCUGCUGAGGCGACAGUUGCUGCCGCAGCAACAAACCCCACAGGUGCAGCGACACCCAAAGCAGACGAGCCGAUCAUAACAGCCCGCCCCGGGGCCGGCCUCCGGCCGAAAGGCUACACCUUCGCCUCCCCGUGGGACGGGCGGUGCGACUUCCGGACCAGCAGCAACGGGCGGGCGCUUAAGUGCCAACAUAUCCGGAACACGACGUCACAAGGCUUCAACCCGCUCGUCGCAGCCCAGGCACUGCGCGACGCGGCCAUGUCGGAGAGCAACGGCGGCGGUGGGCGGGGCCGGGCGCGGGGGAUGAGCGCGUCCCUGCCGAUGGGCGACACGGGCAACAGGGUGCCGGUCAGCGAGCUGAGGUUCAACCUGCCGUCGUCGGACCUGUUCAACUCAAAGGAAGACAGGGACCGUGCGGUGGCGGAGAUGAAGGAGGGCCUGGGGCGGCUGCUGGUGAGAAGCCCGGGAGGUCACGAGUACGACGACGAUGACGACGACAAGGAGGAGCCGAUCUUUGACUUCUCGGGCCUCGGGAAGGAGAAGGCAGGUGGAGGGAACAGGGGCAAGAGGGCCAAGCUGGGCAAGCUCCUCGUGCACGACGAGGGGCUCAAGAUGCUGGACCUUGUGGUUGCUGCGAAUAUGGGCAUCUGGUGGCAGGCGUGGGAAAGGAGCUUCUAG